UACAUACAUUGUUAUUUAUACAAGAGCAUGUGUUAGCCUGCCUAGAAACUUUUAUACUCAUGGGAAUAUUUAAACACCCGCUGAUCGAGAUGAUGAAUUCAUUUAUUUCAAACACUCGAACUGUGCGGAAUCAAGUGCUAUUAAUUCCUUAAAUAACCAAAUUGAACAAUGUGGUUAAGCGCAAUUUGUCUAACUCUUGCCUUUUGUAUAAUACGAUCGGACUCGGCAGCUCUAACCAAUUCGACUGCUAAAGAAGUGCCAAAAGAACCAUCAAAUGUAUCGCAUGAAUGUACCAAUGCCUUGAAGCUGGAACAUAUCAAUCACGCCUUAAGUCGAAUUGAUACCAGCGUGCAGAGUCUGGAGGAAAAAGCACACAAUUGGGCCAUCUUCCGACACCACAUCGAUGCAUGGAAUGAGCAAAUCAAGGCAUUAGAACACAAAUUAGAUUUGGUUAGGCGUACGCAGGACGAACAGCAAGUAUAUGGAAAUAAAUUCAUAAGCCUGGAAUUCACACUCAAUCACAUACUAAGCAAAGUCGUGUAUCUUAGUGAAACUUGCAAUACGCACCAAAACGUCGCAGACACCAUACGAUCACCAACACUCUAUAAUACCCGUGCGAACAGCAAUGGCAAUGACAAUGGCCGUGACACUGCGCAACAACAACAACAAUAUCGAGAUACCAACGAGCUGCUAUAUGAGCAUAUCGCCUUGCUGGGGGACGUAAAGCAUGCCAUCGACGUUGACAAGCAGCUCCGUGGGGAGCUGUCGACACGUCUCAACAACAUAUUGCGACAUGUGCAGAACAUUGAACGCGAUAAUUGUCGCAGCGAACGACGACACACAGCAACGAAUGCCAACAAUAGAGUCGCUAAGCUAAUGGCGCCUAUUGGCGGUUGUAAUUCAAAUCAAAAUGUUGAAAAGACGCUAACAUCUGUCGAUCAACAGUUAACGAAACUACUUACACGACCAACAACACCACCGAAAGAAUUAAAACAAAUACACACGUUAGUCAAAAAAGAUGCACAGCAAUUGGAAAAAAUCGCAAAUUGGAUGAAUAAAAUCGAUGAGCAAUUGUUGCAGUGGCGUGAUGAAAGUGCCAUGGGUUGGCAGCAAUGUCAGACUAUGUCCAGUGAGCUAGCCACGUUCACCGAAAGUUCGGAUUUGCUGCUGAAACGCAUCGAAUUUUUACUACACGAAGUCGAUGAAAAGUUACCGAAAGAACCGUUGCACAAAACAGGUGAUAAAGACGAUGAAGAUGAUGCAGUUGAGCAAGAUGCUGAUGUAGUUGACACGGAACAAGUAGAUAAGGAUGCAUCUAACGUUCGUAAUGAUAUUGAGCAUGAAACAUCAGUAGAAGAAGACGCUGAAGAUGAGUCGGCGGUUAAAGCUGAUGAAAAUUUGGAUGAACCUACAGAUUCAGACGUAAAAGAGCAGACAGAACGGAUCGACGUUCGCUUCGAUAUUGUUGAUUUUUUGCAACCAAGUAAGAUCGGCUGUCAUGAGUUGUUUAGUCCACCAGUCGAUGGCGUUUACAAAUUUUCUACACCUGCAUUAAAUGAGGCAUCACGUGAUUUCAAUGAACGUUACUGUGCCUUUGCAACUGACGGCGCUGCUUGGACCGUCAUACAAAAUCGUGGUCCUUAUAUCGAACAUGAAAAUUUCAAUCGUUCUUGGAUGGAUUAUAGAAAUGGAUUCGGUAUGCUCGACAAGGAAUUUUGGUAUGGUAAUGAAUUCAUACAUCAACUGGUUGAUCGGGAUGACUAUGAGCUGCGCAUUGAAUUGACGGAUUUUAAUGAUGAACAUUUGUGGGCCGAGUACGCAUUGUUUCGUUUGGACAGUGAGCGCUACAACUACAAUUUGUUAAUUGGUGGACAUAGCGGUACAGCACCCGAUGCAAUGCACUAUCACAACGAAAUAGACUUCAGUACAUAUGAUCGACGCAACGAUAAGAGCGUAGAUGCGUGUUGCGCAUGCGCUACCGGUUACGGAAGUGGCUGGUGGUUUGACAACUGUUCGGAAGCGAACUUAAACGGUAUUUACCGUCAAACACCCAAAGGGCACAAUUACGUCGGCAUCAUUUGGGAGCAAUGGCAUGGUGACUACUCACUAUAUAAAACGCGCAUGCUAAUUAGACCGAAAAAUUCGCCGAAACAAGUAGAAACAGACGAGGAGCGUGAUGCAUAUAAUGAAGAUCCAUAAAUAAAAUCCAAUCAAAAAAAUUCUUAAAAGCAUAAAAAAGAUAAAACUAAUAUAUUAUUAAAUGCAACGGGUUCCAUUAAGUUGAAAGUAUUUGUGAAUUGAUGAGUAAAGAUAAUUGUUUACUAAGAAAAUCAGUAAUUUUUAUAUCUUUUACAAUUUUAUUUUACGUUAAUAAUUUGUAUCAUUUCUUAUUGAUAAGUAAUAUAUGUGUACAUAUAUCCUUUUAUUUGUCCAUUCAUCUAUUUUGUGGUUACUUUCACAAUUUCGCCAAAAAUUUUACAUAUAUAGCAUUGGCAUACAUACAGAAAUGUAAUUUUUAUACAGAUACAAACAUAUGUAUAUCGUAUAUAUGUAUAAUUACUGUUGCAUAUGUUCAAGUAUACAUUAAUUUUACUGUGCAUUGUUGCACGCCCAUCAAAUUAUGUUUUUUUUAUUUUUUUAAUAAUACGAGAUAAUUUUCGAACAUUAACAAAUAAAGAAUAAUGCAGUAUCACUGCUUAUAUAUACAAUUCUUAGAUGCAUACUUUACACAAUCAUACGUAUGUAUACAUGCAGCUAAAUGUCAUUCAUACAAAUAUAUUAAUUUUUUUUUACAACUAUUUUCAAUGUAUUUAUACCUAAUAUAAUUAUUUUUAUAUACAUAUAAACUUUUUUCAUGCAAUGUUCAAUUUGCAACUUUUUAUUAUCUGACCUUUUAAGUGGACUAACAAGAAUUUGUUGAAUACAGCACAUACGAGUAUUUUAAACUGCAUAUUAAGGGGGGAAAAACACACAAUUUUUCAUUAUCGAAACGAAUUUUGUAAGCAAAUUGCAUUUGCAGUAAGCACGAUUUGUGUAAGUUUGUUUAAUAUUGUAUGAUUAUUAUAAUAACGAAUGUGCUCAUUAUUAGAAAUAUACUAAAAAUGGCAAUACAAAUAAUUUCUUUCAAAAACCGUUAUUUUCAGCACUUCAAAGAGGAAAUAUUUGAAAACUUGUUUAUAGCAUUAUUAUUUGUUCUUAAAAUACAAUUGAAUUAACCAUUUUAAAUGUAUUGCUAUUAUAUCAAAUCAUAUACAUACAUAUGUGGGUAUGUAUGUAGCUUCUGACCGUGCUUUUUCUAAAUUUCUUCUUGCUGUUGUUGUUGUUGUGGCGGCAGAAUACUACCGAGUUGACAGUCCCUGGCCGGAUAAAAAUUCGAGUCCGUUCCGACUACGUAGACCCGACGCUCGUGAGACGGGGAACUGGUUCUUCUAACAAAUUGGUCAAAAUAUUAGUUUAAAGCCAGCUCAGAACGGUUUUUGGAAUUUAUGUAAAACUUUUUGGCAAGUUCGCAUUAAAAACGCUUACAUUUGCGAUAGGUGCUGUUGAAUAUAAACUGUUUAAAAAAUUUCGAAAUUAUACCGCUUGCUAAUAUAACAGUAUGUUUUGUAUAUACAUAUUUUUUUUCAUCACUGUCGCUGAGUUUAUAUCUCAGAGCAAUACUUCCUAAGUGCUUUGGUAAACAUCACACAGGGGCAUGUUUUUUUUUUAUGUGGCAUUUAAUGAUUUUGUUUUUUCGUGCGCUAACAGUGCACUGACUCGAAUUGAAUUGGUGAUCGGUACUAAAUGG